UCCCCAUGUGGCGAAGUUUCUUACAGGUGCUAGCAACAAGGGGAAGAUUGGUCCAAACCACGCACCAGAAUCAGCCGGAGUCGCUCAGCCCACCAAGGUCAGAACACCGACAAUCUUCGGACGUGGGAGAGAACAGCGUCAUUCACAGCGCGGAGAAACCGUUCUCAGGUUCCGAAUGUGGAGAAGGCUUCAGCCAAGCCUCUGGGCUGCUGAGAUCACAGAGCCACUACCCCAAGGAGAAACGAUGGAAAUGUGGGGAGUGUGGCAAGGCGUUCUACUACCCGUCCCAUCUGGAAAUCCAUCGGCGCAGUCACACCGGGGAAAGGCCCUUCACCUGCCCUGUGUGUGGGAAAGCAUAUUCCAAUUCAUCUACCCUGUCCAGACACCAGCACGUUCACUCCACGGAGAGACUGUCUGCCUGCUCAGUGUGGGACGGGAUACAUUCAGCUGGACGUGUUAAUGGUACGUUGCCUAGUUCACGCUGCUGAGAAGCCGUUCGACUGCCCUGUGUGUGGGUAAGGAUUCACUAGGUCUGACAAGCUAAGUACACACUAGCGAGACCUUCCCCUUCACAAUGGGAGGGGUUUCACUCAGUCACAGAGGAUCCCAUCACAUCAGAAAAUUCAUACUGGAGGGAGGGUGUUCACUGAUUCCGAGCGGGGGGAGGGACCCACUCAGUCAGCCAGUCUGUGGAAUCACCGGUGAGUCCGCAAGUGACUGUAGGAGCUGGAUUCCAGAGUCAUUGCUCGGAAGAAUUAUAUCCAGGACUGGACCGGGAUUCUGUCCCAGCCCGGCAUCUGUCUGAUGAUGAUUUUUAAUGUGACCAAUAAAUUUUCUC